AUGAGAAGAAGGAAAAUUACAAAAGAACAACAGGAGGAAAUGACAGGAAAAGAGAAGCCGACGAGGAUUGAAGAUAAGAAAGAAGAGAUAGAUUGGAUAGAAGAAGCAGUAAAGGAAAUAAGGGAGGCAAGAAAGGAAUUUAGGCAGGAAUGUAUGGAAAUCAAAAAGGAAAUAAAGGAGAUGAAAGCGCAAUUGGAUAGGCUGGAGGAAUGGCAGAGGCAGAGAAAGGAGAGCGAGGAACGAGACGAGAUGGAGGAGGAAGGACCGGAUAGGAACAGCAGACGGAGCAAAGAAGAAGUGAAAGCGGAGGAAGCAUGGAGAUGUAACGAGAAUCUGAUAAAGGAGAAGAAGGUAGAAGAAGAAGAGGUGGAGAGCAGCGAAGAAGGACGGAAUGGAGGAAGUUGGGUGAGAAGCUGGUGGGAAGAGGCAGAGAGUGAGGAAGAAAAAAAGGUCGAGAAAAGGAAGAAGCAGGAAGAGGUCAAAAGCACAGAGGUCAGACAGAAAGAGGACCGACCAAGCGAAAGGAAAGGAUGGAUGAUAAAGAAGCAUGAAAGAAGAGCUAUAGGAGAGGAAAAGGAAAUGGAUAAUACAGAAUGGUACGAGGAUAGGAAAAGCAAAAAAGAAAGAGAUGAAAGAAGAGAAGAAGAGGAAAGCUGGCACGAGAAAGACAGAGUGCGAAGAAUAGCGGAAGCCAUAGAGGAAGAU